AUAUCUAUAAAUGUUUCUUUACUUUACUUAGUGUAUGUAAGUUUGUUAAUGUGGAGAGUUCGUGAAUUCUCGAUCUCCAGCUAAUAAAUUAAUGUUUAAUGAUGGGUUAUAUAUAUACGAUAUAUUUGUUUUCAAUAUUUUGUAGGGUUCCAAAGAAAGUGGCACAUCAAAGGGAAAAGAAAAGCUAGAAAAGGAUGAUAAUUCUUUUGGGAAAGAUUUGAAUGAGGAGUCGAUAGUAGUUGUUGGGGAUUUGGAUAAGGUGGAUGAAGUGGUGGAUAAGGUGGUGGAUGAAGUGUUAGAUGAGAAAGUGGACCUCAUUGAACAAACGUCUACAGGAGGAAUGCCACUCCCACCGUCAGAUUUUCCAAUCUUUCAUGAUGGCGAUGCAAUUUCAUACUAUUCAAAAUCGUUCACCAUUGCAUCUUGGUUAAAAGAUCAUGAAAAGAAAGAAGAUAGGUGGCUAGGUGAAUAUGUUUAUUGGAAAGAUAUAUUUCCCCAAGUCGAGUGUCCUAAUCUUUUGAAACGCGAAUCUUUGAGAAUCAUGCAAAGUAUCGUAAUAGGGGUGCUUGACUAUCAUGAGAAAUAUGGUGCUCUUGAUGGUUUGCAUGAUUGGACAAACAUUUUGAUCACACAAGUUGUUAUCAAUCAUAUUGGCUCCAAAAUUGUUAGGUUUGAGACUAAACUAUCACCUCGAGAUAGAGUGACAUUUGAUGAUUCUGUGAUGAUAUUGAAAAAGCGAGGUGAUAUGCAGAAUGUCUUGCUAAUCAUGGAGAAACUACUUGAAGGAGUAACCAAAAAUUCUGAAUUAAAAUACUUGGGCGAUCUUCUGUUUCAUUAUCCCUAUGAAGAGGAGCACAUUUGGAAGACUUUGUUGCUUAAAAACUAUCCAGCCUUUUGGGAUGGCCUGGAAAGAGCUGAAUUUUUGGUCACCUUGUAUUUUCAUUUGGUCUCCAAUCCCAAGAGUAGCUACUCUCUCAAAUGGUCCCUCCGACUAAGCAGCCAGUAUCUAUAUGGUUGGAUGUCACGAAUUCCACCUGACACUAUUUUUGAAAAGAUUUUGUGUAGAGAUGAUUUGAAUGAGGACCAAUUUCGGGUGAAAAAGUAUACAGAAGGUGAUAUCACUGAAGUAGUACGAUACAUGAGGCAUCGUUCAAUUUACAAUGAAUUUCAAUUUGAGGCAUCGUACGGGACAUUCACUUGUUAAGAAAUUAAAUGAGCACAUGUAUUAUUAGUAACAAAUCAAAGUUAUUAAGUACUUGUAUCUAUUUUUUGUUAGACGAAAAUAACAUAACCUACAUCGGAUGUAUACAUUUUAUUAUUUGGACUGUUAGGAAUUUUUAAUGAUUGCAAUUUGAAUAAUGAUAAAAUUUAAGUUAGGAAAGAGAUAUGAAUUGAUUUAAUUAGCCUUAUGAUUUGUUAUUAUUAUAAAUAGGCAUUAUUUAAUUCACGCACCACCAAAGAAUCACACAAUACUUCAUACAAAACAAUUUAGGAUUUUAUAUUGUGGUUUAUUUAGGAUUUUAUAUUGCGGUUUAAGAAAAUGUCGGUCUAAUUCCUUAAACUCAAUUUUUUUUUUCAAAUUGUAGUUACUGGUAAUAUUAUUUUUAACUAUUUUUUUCAUUGCAUUGUUUUCUUAGGUCUACUUCGUCGAUACGAGAACUUAGUUCUUCCAAAAAUGAUUGAAAAAUUAAAGUACGCGUAUCAAGGCUUUUUGAUGUUUUGAAUUUUCGGAAACAUAAUAGUUUGAUUAGUUUGGACAUGGUUUUAAUUCACGAAGAGGUAUGCCUUUAAUUUUAUUUUUUUUAUUUGAUAAUACUUAUCGUUCUAAAUUCAUUGAAUAAUAUAUAAUAUUUUUUUAAAUUCAUUGUGUAACUUACAAUAUUAUUUUAACAUAAAAUAUUAUUUUGCAUAUGUAGGGUGAUUAUGUCUAUGCUUCAAUCAAAGGAAAAUUUGUCCAACAAUUUCGUUCAAAACUAAUUGAAGGCAAAGUUUACACAAUUCGAUAUUUUUCGGUUGUACCUAACAAGAAUGAAUAUCGUGUUGUGAGCGAUAACAAGAUAAUGAUACAAUUUUUUCAAAAUACAACUAUCAAAGGCGUUGCAAAUAAUAAUAAAAUUCCGUUGCAUAGAUUUGAUUUUGUUCAAUUGCAACAUUUAGAUCAGUUCCGUAGUAAUGCAACACUCCCUGGUAUAUAUUUUACAUAUUUUCAAUUUUAUUUUUUAAAAAAUUCUAUAGUGUUAUCAUUCGUUUUACUAAUUUUUUUUUAUUUUUUAUUUUUUUGUAUAUCACUUUGUCUUACAAGAUGUGGUUGGUAUGGUUGUAAACGAAAUUGGAGAUUCAAUUGAAAUAGAAGACAAAUGGUAAUUAUUAUUUUAAUAUAUUUGUAUAUAUUAUUUUUGUCAAUUACGAUAAACUAAGAUUUAUUAUUGUAAGAUAAAUUAUAUUUGAUUUAUUUUAGAUUUAUUAGUAAAUUAUUUGUAUUUUGAUAUCAUGGUUAGGGGACAACGAAUCCAAUUAAAGAUUUGGGAUGAUGUAUUUCCUGAUUAUUCAAGACAAAAAGACUUACUUGUUGAUUCUACUAAGCCUUUUGGUAUAGUUGUUACUUCAACAAUGGUCAAAUAUUUUAAUGGUAAGUAUCAUAUAUAUUAGUCAUUAUAAUAACUAUUUUUUAAUAUUUACAACGAAGAACCUAAUUUGCCAUUGUCAUUUUGUUUACAGGGAAAAUUAA